AUGGAAAGUGGAAUACCGCAGUCAAGCAUGAACACCGUAGAUUCAAACACUCAGCAUUCCACCGAAUCAACAUCAGCCGCCAAUUCGUCAUCUACAUUAACAGCAGAUGAAACGAACACCUUAUCACAGACAUUAUCACGAACCUUCUCUCUUUCGGACGAACCAGAAUCUACAGAUAUCUGUCGUGUAUGUCGAAGUGCGGGUGACAGCGCGCUUUACUAUCCGUGCCUAUGUACGGGUAGUAUCAAAUACGUGCAUCAGGACUGUUUAAUGGAGUGGUUGAAAUAUAGCAAGAAAGAAGUUUGUGAAUUGUGUAGUCAUAAGUACUCGUUUCAACCUAUCUAUCGAACCGACAUGCCCACCACAUUGCCCUUCACCGAAAUCGUUCGAGGAAUUUUGAUAGAUGUGGGUCGUAUGUUACGUACAUGGUCUGUAUAUACGUUGGUGUUAGUGGCGUGGGUAGGUUUCGUACCGUUGACCGCAUGUCGUGUCUAUCGGAUGGUAUUCUCAGCUAACGUCGCCAAUCUUCUCGCUUUACCAUUCCAGUUGUUUUCACUGGAAAAUAUUGUUACCGAUUGUCUGAAGGGUUGUUUCUUAGUGGCAGUGUUUUUGUGUGCAUUCAUUUCGCUGAUUUGGCUUCGCGAACAGAUCCUACACGGAGGUCCACAAGACUGGUUGCUUUUGAACGGUGCGGGGCAGAACAACGAUAUCAACAAUAACGAUAAUCAGCGCGAUGCAGAAAAUCGAGAGAUUGGUGGACUGAGGUUGGUAAACGGUGGUGUAGGAUUAGGGUUUGGUGGUGGUGGUGGCAGGGGGUUUGGGAGAGGUGGAGGGCGAGGAGGUGGGGGUGCACGGGCAAUCCAGAUAUUUGGCGACGAACUGGAAGGUCAGGAGAGAGCCGAACUGGAAGGCAAUGAAGGUGGUGAAGUGGAGGGUGAAGAGGUUGAGGGUGAAAAUCGAGAGGGUGAUCUGAGAGUGGUAAACGGUGGUGUAGGAUUAGGGUUUGGCGGUGGCGAGGGGGUUGGAAGGGGUGGAGGGGGUGAGGGUGCACGAGUAAUGCAGCUAUUCGGCGACGAACUGGAGGGUCAGGAGAGAGCCGAAGUGGAAGGCGGUGAAGUGGAGGGUGAAGAGGUUGAGGGUGAUAACUGGAGAGACUGGGAUCGGGUCGGUGAUGAGUUAACAUGGCAGAGAUUGUUGGGUUUAGAUGGAUCACUACAAUUUCUGGAGCAUGUCUUCUGGGUGAUCGCUCUGAACACUCUAUUCACUGUACUCUUUGCCUUUUCACCCUACCAACUCGGCUAUUCCUUGCUGAAAUCAAUUGGAUUAGCACCACGUAUUCAUUAUUUCCCGACGUUGACAUCAGUCGUAGUUGGUUACGUCCUCAUAUGCAUCAUUAUGCGCGUUCUACAUGUGGUCGCGAGAGUUUUCCAUUUUGCAUCAAUGUAUCGUCUAUUGGGUAUGUGCUAUUUGGUUGUAAAGGUAUUUUUAUUGGUUCUGAUCGAACUUGGUUUUUUCCCAAUUAUCUGUGGUUGGUGGUUGGACAUCUGCUCGUUGCAUGAUUGCGGAUUGCAUGAUGAAGGCACUCGUUGUUGUCGUUGGGAAUCGUCAACGAAUGAGAUAAUAAAAUUACAGCGAUUAUUUGCCUCUACACUGCCACGUCGUAUUCAAUCGUUCUCAAAUUCACCAACUUCAUCGCUCUUUUUACAUUGGUUAAUCGGAAUGGUCUAUGUCUUCUAUUCGGCAUCCUUCAUACUUGUACUCCGUGAAGUGCUACGACCGGGUGUUCUUUGGUUUUUGCGCAAUCUGAACGACCCAGAAUUUAAUCCCAUCCAAGAGAUGAUCGAUCUACCGGUAAUGCGUCAUUUACGUCGUAUACUUGCAUCCACAUCACUGCUCUUCAUGACAGUUCUGUUGACUGUUUAUAUACCACUGAGUUUCAUCUCUAAGUUUUUACCAUCCGUCUUACCGUUCAAUCUGAGCCUUGCUGCUGAAACACCGUUGAGUGAAUUGUCGUUGGAAUUGUUGAUUGUUCAGGUAGUAUUGCCGGCACUGUUGGAACAAACGCAUGCUCGUACAUUACUGAAGAGUGUCGUUCAUGUGUGGUGCAAAUUGAUUGGUCGAAUGCUGGAUCUGGAACAUUAUCUGUUGCCUGAAGAUGAGCUGAGAAAUGAGUUGAAUCGUAACGGACAACAAAACAACGAAAAUAACGGUGUUCGGUUGCAACAGUUGAAUAACUUGAACAAUGAGAAUAACAAUAAUAAUAAUCAAGCACUGCAAGGAUUGGCAGCACAACAUCAAGCGCUACUUCUCGUAAGGGAAUCACCUGGAUUUCAGGCGUAUCAGAAACCGUCAUAUUUUCCAGUUCGUAUAGUAGCGCUUUUAGUGGCUCUAUCAACUACAUCCAUGUUGUCCAGUAUCAUCAUCUAUGUGGUACCAGUGAGUGUUGGUCGUAUGUUGGUGUAUCAUUUGUCGGGUCAUCAAAACGUUCACGAGUUGUACACAGUGGCUGCCGGUCUGUACAGCUUAUGGUUGCUACUCAAGUUGGUCAUGAUCGUCUAUGAAUAUUUACCACGUGGCUCUGCCUUCUUAAUAUUGACAAUUCGCAAUACGAUUUCCACAGUGAUAAAGAUGUGUACAAUCGCAUUGGCAAUAUUGUUUGUAAUCCCGUUGCUGAGUGGAAUCUGUUUCCAAUUGGCCGUAAUCAACCCGUUAAGAGUAUUACCUCAUCAGACACCUCUUCUGUUUCCGUGUCAACACUGGGCAAUGGGCAUAUUGCACUGUAAAAUAUUCUGUGCGGCAGUUAUGAUGGGACCGGACUGGUGGAUGAAACGUAUCUUCGAACAGCUGUACGCGGAUGGUAUACGAGGAAUACGUGUAGGUCAUUUGUAUACCGAGUUAAUAGUUCCGGUAAUAAGUGCGCUUGCGUUGUACUUGUCGACGCCAUUUGUGUUGUGUGCAGCGUUGAGAUAUUUAGUUGGAACGCAACUAGUCAACUAUGAAGGCAGGAAUAAAGCAGAAGGCAGCGAUAACUGA